UGACGGAUUUCCUGCUGGCUGACCCCUGUUGUGCCUGCACGUUGGAAAGUCAUGUCACCCUCAGAUGCACCCCUAGAGAGCGCGUUAAGCGGAGCUAGGAACCCCGACAUAGAGGAUGACGAAGAUGAUGAUCACGACGACGAGGAGCUGGAUGAGACUUUAUCAGAAAGGCUUUGGGGGCUGACGGAAAUGUUUCCUGAGACUGUGCGUACUACUGCUGGCUUAACCUUUGACUUUUCCAUUUGUGCAGCCAAGAAGCUAUAUAGUUUUUCCCGGUCAGCACUGUGGAUAGGAACCACUUCGUUCAUGAUUCUGGUAUUGCCUGUAGUGUUUGAGACAGAAAAAUUGCAGAUGGAGCAACAGCAGCAACUACAGCAGAGACAGAUACUUUUAGGCCCAUCUACCGGAAUGUCUGGUUCCCUCCCUCCACUCCCUGGAAAAUUAUAAUUUCCUGAUUCUGUUGACUGGAAAAGGAAAUUUGAAGAAUGAUGUUUCCUCAACCAUAUGCCUCCUUCAGUGCUCUGCAUGGAACAUUUGCUCUACGACUAGUGUGCAAUGCUAUUAUCUGCAGCGCCUGUUUUUUCUUGUCCGAGUAUUGUUAAGGAAAACAAUGAUUAAAAGAUACAUGUGGACAGUUCAUCUUUACACACCAGCCAAUCAUUCCACAACCGCAUUGGGACAGACUUGGUUAUGUGUGCCAUUACUCACUUGGUAUAAUGGUAAAAAUCUAUAAUGUAUCUGGA